AUGGCGGACUGCUCGUACGCCCGAUGCGUCCAGGAACGGCGCUACAUAAGACGCGAGCUGACCAAGUGGACGAAAAACAUGGUGUACAUAGUCGGACUAGAACGUGUCGCUGAAGAAUUGAUGGGACGCAGGAAAUGGAAACACUACCAGGACGUCCUUACGCGGCAACAGUUGAACCUGCUGGAUCCCAGCACGACGAGCUCAACCGAGGACGACCUACUCGGUGGCACACCCGGAGCCGCCACAGCCGCCCAACUACAGCAAGGGCCGCUAAUGAACUCCGCGAACGCCACAACCGCUGCCGCUGCCCUUUCGCUAGUCGGCGGCGGUAUGAUCGAUCAGAAAACCAAUCCAGCCGCCAUUGUAGCCGCCGCCAAUGCUGCAGCCGUGGCGGCUCUCACAACGCCAGCUGCUGCCCAAGCGGCCGCAAAUUCAGCCGCCGCAACGGCCAUAGUCCGAAAUGGCCACUGUCCACCUGGGGACGCCGAAAUCGACCCAAAAACAGCAGCCUCCGCCAGUCCAGGCAGUCCGCGAGCCGCCAAUUGUCUGGCGGCCGACAAACUUGCUCCUUCUAGUGCUCGAUCGCCAUCGCGGCAUGCCAAGGACGAAGCCGAGGUCACUUCACCGGUAUCUCGUCACUGCCACACCUCGGACAAUGGCAUCGCCACACCUGCGACUGGUUUAGCCCUAGAUGGGGCCAGUUCUGGGCCAGUUUCACCCGCGGGUGACCGCGUGACCUCUGAAGGUCAUACCAAUCAGGCCGCCAUUCCUGCGACAAGCCCCGAUCUCGCGCGGUUAACCGAACCCAUCGUGAAGCAAGAACCUCCAGAACUCGCAGCUGACCUGGAACAUCCGUCGCGCGUUAAAUCCGAGAACCUAGAGCGCCAGGACACGAGUGAAACCUCCGCCGAUAAGGUGAACAUCCUGCCGAAUAACAACAACACCCUCAGCAGCAACAACAACACGAUCCCGCAUCGCAGCAACGGUCUGGCAGUGCAGGAUGAGUCCUGCGUUGCUGGAGAUACACCUGCGGAGACGGCCACACCCGUCGACUGGAAGCCGCAGGAUAAGUGUUACUUCUGCGUCGAUGGCAAGCUGCUAACGAUGAACGAGGCCGGUGAGCUUGUUCCGGAAUCAGGUCCAGCUCCUAUCGAAAGCGAACGCCUUCUCAAUCGACGGACUGCCGUGGCCGCACUGGCUGCAGAGUCAGACUCCGACACGAGCGAGAGUAGUGAACCGGAACUGUUGGCGAAUCUGCUGAGCGCUGGAACUGCAAGUGGCUUGUCGGCCAAGUCGCUGGCGGCGAUGUUGCGUGAAGCUGGAGCAUCUCAGAACCUGCCAUCGUUGCAGUCCUUCGUUGCACAGUACUCGACGGCGGCCUCCUUGCAGGGACUGCAGCCAAACCUGGCCCAGCUGUACAAUCCACUCUGGUACUCGCAGCUGCAACAGCAGAUGUCUCCAACGACGGUGGACACCGCGACUGGGUCGGCCUCGUCCGGGGCAGCCCUAAGCCCUACAACGGCGGCCAAAAUGGCGGCCGAACUGGGUGCUGGUGUUAGUGGAACCGGCGAGCAACCGCUCGAUCUCAGCGCGAAACCAGGCACUUCCGGAAUGAGCUCGCUGCUAAGCAGCAUGAUGGACCCGAAGCACAUGUACAAGGCAAAACCGCGACUAUCUCCUGUUGGAGGACGCAAGACCUACACCGAAGAUGGGCUUCAACAUGCGCUGCAGGACAUCUUGAGUAAGCGGUUAGGAACUCGACGUGCCGCGGUUCAGUACGGCAUCCCGCGGUCGACUCUACGCAACAAGGUCUAUAAAAUGGCGCUCGGUUGUAAACGUGGCGUAGCGGCCCUCAUAGAGGACGACGACGACAAGGACUCGCAGGACGGCAAUCUCAAGGAUGCGGAUCUGCUGGACAAGCUGCCUCAGCACGUGCUGGCUGAUGUGUUGCUGAAAAUGUUCGCCGAGGCCGGUGGAUCGGGAAGGGUACACGAGCCCGUCCUCACCCCAACACCUCCGGCUACCGCCACUUCACCUGCCCAGCCUCGUGCCACACCCGAACCAGCCUCACUGGACGUCUCCGGCCUCAGUCUGCAGGCGCACUCGAGUCCUUUGCCCACUCCCACACCAACCGCAGCCCGGCAACCAACUCCCGUGACCGCAACACCCCCUACCACCCGACCCCCACAAUCAUCCCCCCUGGUGGCGGCAGCCGCCUCUACCCUGCUCGAUCCCAGCCUCGUAAUGCAGGUACAACGCAUGCUGCAGGUGACGGCUUCGACGCAGGCGCAGGCUUCUGGAGAGGCGCAACAGGCACUGGCAGAGCUGCCCAAUCUGCUGCGUAAGGUGCUAGAGCAGCAGCAACAGCUCACGGAUCAGAUCCAGCGAGCCAGUGGAAGUGCAACUGGUGAGACGACACCUGCGACGACCUCUCAGACGACGUACGCAGGAAGUGCCACAGCCCUUGGUGGACCCUCACCAUCGCUGAGUGCUGCUCUGAACGCCAACGGAACCACGUCACAAGCUGCUACCCUCGAUUCGUGCUACCUUCCGUUCCUGCAACAGCUGCAGCAGCAACAUCACCAGCAACAACAGCAGCUCCAGCAGCACGUCAAGCUGCGCACCAUCUCAGCAGGAACACCGGACACGCCAGCCUCUCUGUCCUCGAUGGAGUUGAACGAGGCGACCAACAGCGACGACCCACACGUCAUCCUGAAGAUUCCGUCCUACGGUCGAGCCCCGGGAAGCUCACCGGGGGCUGGAGGUAAGAAUGGGGAUUUGGACCGCCAUCUACACCACCCCAGUCUAGCCACCCCGUCACCUCCAACAGCAGCUGCUGCGGCCGUCCUGAGCAGUCUCGUCGCCGCUCCAACUCAUCGUACGUCUCAUCCUUCAGCGUCGGCGUCACCACAGACAAGUGUGGCACCUCCCAUCGCUGCACCCUCACUAGCGUCCUCUUCCCCGUUGUCCUCGUUGUCAGUGGCAUCGUCCUCACAGCAGGAGCGCACCUCACUUGUUCCCAAUCACCUGUCGGUGGUGUCACCGCCCUUGCUUGGUCUGCGAGGUGCGCCAAAGGGUGACCCAUCGUUGUCACCACCUCCAACAGCGACAUCUGGACCCAGCGGUAAAUCGAUGCUCUCCGUACACGAGGUGAUCGCACGCAGCAUCAGCAAGAACUUCCAGCAGCACCAUCAAACGGACGGUGGCGCGCUAAAGCAGCAAAUGGAGCAACUCAAGAGGCCCAGCAUCUCCGUCAUCAAGACGCUCGGUGAUAUCUCGCACUUUGGUGCUGCAGCUGCUGCCGGACUCGGACCCGUCGGUAGUGCCGCUCAACUAGCGGCGGCAGCGGCAGCGGCAGCCGCCAGCGGCACUGGCACCGGCGGAAAGGGCACGCGACCUAAACGAGGCAAAUAUCGCAACUACGAUCGCGACAGUCUCGUGGAAGCCGUGAAGGCGGUGCAACGUGGUGAGAUGUCGGUACAUCGAGCGGGCAGUUAUUACGGUGUUCCUCAUUCGACCUUGGAGUACAAGGUCAAGGAGCGGCACCUCAUGAGGCCCCGCAAACGUGAACCCAAACCUCAACCCGGACUCGACGAUCACCGGUUGGGAGGUCCUUCUUCGGCUAAAGGUCCUUCGGAUGCGGCGUCUUCUCUGCGCGGUCUCGACAAGAGCAAAACCCUUGGAAUGCCAAAGGGCUCGGGUAGUGGGGCAAGCACCUCCGCGGCUGCCGCUGCCGCAGGCCACUCUGGUAAGAACCAUCAUCACCUGCAACAGCAACAGCAGCAGCAACAGGCGCAGUACGCAACGGGCUCUCCAAAUGGUGGCCUUGGACCGAAACUGCCGAUGUUCGACUCGACGGCAAUGGCGUCCCAGCUGCCCUACGGAGCACCCUUCUUCUGGCCACACGCAGCCGGCGGUUUCGGAGGUCUACCGGCUGUGGAUUUCUCGCGUGGCCAGCCUUCAGCCCCAGACGGUCUUUUUGGAUCACCCUUGGGGCCUUUGCAGCCACUGGGAGCUCUUUCGCCGACACGCGACACGCGACUUCACGCAAGCGGGAAACCUGCAGGCAGCGCUGGUGCUGGUGCUGGUGCCCUACCGAAGGGCAGCUCCGUACGUGAGAUGGCCGAGCAGCUGUACGAUGGGAGUGGCACCAAUGGAGGCUCCUUUCUGGACGACAUCAUCCGCCAGAGCCUCGACAAGAAGUCGAGUGAGCUGGCCACAGGACAUGGGGCGUUGUUCGAGCAGCUGUUGAAGGGCAAAGGACGACCUUCGACCGAUGAUGCGGCCCUUCUGGCACGGAUGGCUGGCAAACGGGCGGCACCAAGCCCUCCGAUGGGCUUCCACCCGGAUGGCAUUAAGCGGGAAAGGGCCAGUCCAGGCGCUUCGUCCACCUCCUCCACCGGUAGCAGUGGUCUCCCGCAUGCACCCACCGGUGCCCUUAGCACACCCGAACAACUGCUGGCCAAGAACGUCGAGAGUCUGAUGAAACUGCACGAAAACCUGUCCUCGAUGUCGGCGGCCCAUCUACACCGGACGGCUCUUGAGGAUCUGAACGGAGCGGCCCAGGGUGGUGUGGGUGCGACCCGUGGACUCCUCGGUGACUCCGCGGAAGGGCUGCUGAGCUCAGACGGUGAAACGGGCACGGAUCCGGACGCCCUACGUACUGGUAUGGCCAACCACCUUGGAAGAGGCCUGCGACAUGGACUGCACCACCACCAACACCAUCACCACAACAACCACCAUCAACGGGGGAUGGCCGAUGACAGCUCGUAGGGCCGGCUGCAACUGCAACUGCGACGCCCCGUCUGCUAGGCGACCGCCGGGGAAUCCAUAGUUCAAAUAUUAUGCUUACAUUAGCCGUAUAUCAUCGUAGUCAAAGUGCGCGGCAGGGCCGGAAGGAGCAGGGCGCAAACGAGAGAGAGAGAGACAGGCGGGUGGGAGAGCACGAAGUGUUAACAAUUUUAUCCAUUCAGCCAGCGGGGCGAGACUUAACUUAAGCUUUUGAAGGACGGAUCUACACUCACACACACACACACUCACACAAACCUGUGCCGCUUUCCUCGCACGGAUUGCGAUCCUCGUCAGCGCGAUCGCGAUCGUCCAAUUUCGCUCGGCCAUCGAAUCCAAGAUGGCCGCGAUGAAGCGAAAGCAAGCAGGUAGAAAAUGGCGCCGGAGCUUGGUAGUGCACAUGAAACGUUUUUUGACAAUCGACAAGUAGGCUGCAGUGUGAUCUGCAAACACUCACACAUCCACAUACACAAACACUCGGAAACACACCCACACACACACACACCCCAUGCCCCGUAUUGAAAACGUCCCCUCGAGUCAAGAAAGCGAUCGGAAGCGGAAGGUGAUUAGGCGAAAGGGACGGACGGGCGGACGUGCGUGAAAUGGGUGGGAGGAAAAUCGCGAAAAAAACACCGCCCAUUUCAAGGACCCAAGGACGUCGCGAAGCCCAAAUUCGAGCCCUCGAGUCUGCCGCGCGUUCGAGACCCCCGGGCGGACGAGCGUGUAGUAAGAAGAGAAAAAGAAAACACACUCACACACCGUACUUUUGGACAUCUUUUUAUCGGCCAGAGGUGGCCAGAAUGGCCGACUUGCCCCCUUACACACAUACACACCCACACACACAUACAUUCGCACACAUCCACAACCAGUGCGUCGCAUUCCAAGUCGCCCUCAGUGAGCCAAUGUAACCCGCGAGAGUGCACGGGGACGAAUGAGUUUGCCCCUAGGGAAGAGAGAGAGAGAGAGAGGGAGUAUUUGUGAGGGCGUGAAGCAUCGAUAUCCCUGAACGUGUAUCGUGAUAGGAUGCGUUUUUUAUUUGUGUUCGGGUUUCGGCGACAUUCCGCACCAGUAGGGGCGGAAGUGAGGAAAAUCAAAAUCCAAAAAAAAAAAUCUCAAAAAUACCUAAAUGUUGUGGCUAUAUCUAAAUUGCAAAAGUAUUAUCGCGCCGCUGAGGAUCGAAGCCCAUAUUAGGGAAAAAAGGAUACGAGUCCAACGGCGGCGGCGAAUAUGAAUUAUUACUAAGCGUCCGGAGGAGGGGAUCGAGAGAAACCCGGAACCUAUUUGGUGUUCAAAAUUCUAUCAUCCUAUAAAAAGAAAAAAAUCAAAUACAUAUACAUAUAUAUAUAUAUAUACACACACAUACACACAUUCAUACGCGCUCGGGAGAAGAUGUGAUAACCCGUUUAGCAUUGGGUGCCGGGCGAGGGGCAAAAGGGCAGGGUGGAUAAAUCACCCUUCCACACAGUCACUCACCCCCGGGGUACACUCGCUGCAGGAACGAUGGCUACACACAUACUCAUAUUCGUCCUUAAGGCAAACCUGCAACGGCACUGAGAGGUAAAUCCAAAAGUAUAUGAACAAAAAAAAAGGCAUCACUCUAUGUUUCGACGUUUUUACAUUGUAACCUAACGGAAUAUCGUCCUAGACGAGAGAGAAUGGGGGGGUAGGGGCGCAAGCGAUUGCAUGAUGUUGUGUAACAAAACCUUAUCAAAAUUUAUCUAUAUAAAAAGGGGGCAAAAACAACUUACAAAAAUUACCUAUUCUAUAGCUGGAUGUUUUUUUAAACCAAAUCUAUGGCAUUGGUGGGGUUGCACACAAACACACGCGUGCAUGCGUGUUUUGUUGAGUUUGGGGGAAACCGUCAAAUGGAGACGCCUGGUGCGUCCAGAUACUCCAGAGCGCAAGCGGACUGACGAGCAAAGCCCACCCAAAAGGAUCGUCUUUGACCUUGACGUUGACCUUCACGAUCCCUCUGCGCAACACGCGAGUGUAGGAACUCAGGAGUGUAAGAACAAAAAAAAGAUAAGGGUUUGGGAGGGGGGGGGGCGAGGAUGCUCGAAUGAAAGGGACGUAUCACGUCGUCCUUCCCGCUCUCGCUGGCCACAAAAAAGCAACAACAACAAGAAAAAACAAAAGCAAACAGACAGUCAAAAUUGAACCCAAGAAAACGGGAAAUGGUGGAAAAUAAGUAAGAAAUAUAUUAUAUGUGUGUGUCUUCACGUCGCGUAUACCUCAAACGAUAAAACAAGAAAAAAAAUAUUAACUGAUCAAAGGGCCAGGGGUGGCAAAGGGCCCACGAAGGCUAGACACGAAACGGUAGGCAAAAUUUAGUACCAUGGCACGCGAUCUCGAGCAUAAAACAGCCGUCGGCGGGCGACCUGGUUGGGAGGCACAAUUUGGAGGCGAUCACAGAACGCUCUACACCAAACACGACGCAUGUUUGAUGACAUGGAAUGGACGGUAGCGAGACGGAGAGAGAAGAAGGACGAGAAAAAAAAUAUAUAUUUAUACACUAUCUGUGAUUGAUAAUCCAAAAUUUUGAUGUAUAUUUUUCUCUAAUAAACAAACAAAAAAAGAAGCAAGAAGAAAAUUUAAAAUUUAGGAGCUAAAGCUAGGGAGCUAAACCGUUGCAAAACCGAUGGAGGGCUGAAACCACCGUGAAACGAGGGUUGAAAUAAGACGUACAGAAGAAGAAGAGUAUCAAAAUGGUGUCAGUUUUUAUGUCGCGCCCGGCUGUCGACCAAGUUACAGACCAUUCCGCGCGAACACGGCGCCAAUGUGCUAUGGGAUUUUUGUUCCACCCGUUUUUUGUUAUGUUGAUCUUUCGACCAAACUAAGAUUUCGUCAGUAAUUCGUAAGCGCAGCGCAGGGCGGUAGGCAAAAGCACAGCGUCGUGGGAAGAAGAUAAAAACACACACACACACAUACACAUCCAUAUACCCAACCGAGGCACACAUACGCACGCAAACACGUACAGACGAGAUCGAAAAGAGAGGAAAGCGCAGCUCCGGAUGGACACAAGAUGGAUUUAUUUAAGGCGAACUUUCGAAUAGCACGCGUGCUAGGUGUAGUGCACGCGAAAUCGUAAAGGGACGCUGCGCUGGGGAGGAGGAAAGCGAAAGGCGAGCGGAGCGGCGCAUUUUGUCCUUCUAUUUUAGUGAUAGUGGAUUGAAAAAAAAACAUUAAAAACAAACACAAAGGAAACAAAACAAAAUGACUACCCAAAACCAACCAAGGAAACGACAACCGA